AUGGCCCCUUCGACGCUGCUCCUAGUAUUUGCAUUCCUUACUAUCUACACCGUCGUACGAAGCAUUCGCCGCUACUAUGCACUCAAGGCUUUCGGAGGCCACUGGUCUGCAGGCUGGUCUCGCCUGUGGCUGCUCAAGACCCAGAGCAGCGGACACAUGAACAAGACCUUCACAGAGAUUAACCGCAAGUACGGACCAACGGCCCGGAUUGCGCCUGGUAUGCUGAUCACUUCGGAUCCGGAACUCAUGCGGCGGAUGAAUGCUGUUCGGUCGCCUUUCACUCGAGGACCUUGGUAUGCGGCGCUCAAACUCCAUCCUGAGCGGGAGAACAUCACCUCGUACAUUGACGAGCGCAAGCAUGCCGACAUUCGUGGCCGCAUGGCGCCUGGCUAUUCAGGCAAGGAGAACCCUCACCUCGAACAGGAUGUCGAUGAGAAGUUGCUCCAGAUGCACAGCCUGGUCCAAGAACGCUAUCUCAAUCGGCCUGAUGAAGGUGUCUUCAGGAUCAUCGAUCUCGCCCGCGUGACCUCAUACUUCACCCUCGAUGUCAUCUCCAAGAUCGCCUUUGGACAGACCUUUGGCUUUCUCGACAACGAUGAAGAUCCUUUCGGAUAUAUCGAGAACCUCGCCACUUUCUUGCCGGCCAUCAUAGUCUUUGGCGUGUAUACCGAAUUGACUAACAUUCUUCGGAUACCUUUGCUAAAGUAUGCUCUGCCCAAGUCCACUGACAAGCGAGGUCUCGGGCGUGUAAUGGGCUUCGCAGCUGAUCGAGUUCGAGAACGCUUCGGCACCAAGCCAGUCGUAAGAAGAGACAUGCUAGGCGCCUUCAUCAACAAGGGCCUCACCCAAGGCGAACUCGAAAGCGAGACCCUAACACAAAUCACCGCCGGAUCAGACAGCACAGCCUCCUCCCUCCGCCUAACCCUCCACUUCAUCUCCACCAGCCCCCCAAUCCUCGAACGACUCCUCGCCGAAGCCAAAGCCGCCAUCGAAACCGGCCGCAUCACCCGCCCCAUCAUCAAAGACUCCGAAGCCCGCCAACUCCCCUACCUCCAAGCCUGCAUCAAAGAAGGCCUCCGCAUGUACCCGCCCGUCACCGGCCUCCUCGCCAAACGGGUCCCGGACGGCGGCGCCAUGAUCGAAGUCAACGGCGUCGAGAAAUUCGCGCCAGCAGGCACGCAAAUCGGCUGGAACAGCUGGGGCAUGAUGCGGCACGAGAGCAUCUUCGGUCCGGACGUCGAAAUCUACCGCCCGGAGCGCUGGCUGCCGCGAGAUGCGAGCGAGAAGGAACGCGACCGCAUCACGCGCAUGACGGAGACGGUGUCGUUGUGUUUCGGGUAUGGGCGUUUCGGAUGUCUGGGACGCGGUGUUGCGACGAUGGAGUUGAACAAAGCAAUUCUUGAGACGUUACUGCGCUUCAACCUCCAACCCUGCAGCCUUGCGAAGCCGUUUGAUGAGAUGGUCGUGGGGUUUUACGUGCAUGAGAACAUGAAUUUUGUGGUGAGUGAGAGGAAGGAGGAGGUGGGGGCGGUGGUGAAUGCUGGAAUAGCCAUUGAUGCUGGUGCGAUUGCUGGGGCUUAUGAGGAGUAA